AUGAAGAUAAUUGUGGUGUCAUUGCAGAAUGAGGAGGUGGAGUUUGUACGCACCGGCUAUGGAAAGGAUAUGGUAAAAGUACUCCAUAUUCGACGAGAUGGAAAAUAUCACAGUAUCAAAGAGGUUGCAGCUUCAGUGCAGCUUACUCUAAGUUCAAAAAAAGAUUAUGUGUAUGGAGACAAUUCAGACAUCAUCCCUACAGACACUAUGAAGAACACCAUUCAUGUCUUGGCCAAGUUCAAAGGGAUCAAAAGCAUAGAAGCCUUUGCUAUGAAUAUCUGUGAGCAUUUCCUUUCUUCCUUUAAUCACGUCCUCCGAGCUCAUGUUUACGUGGAGGAAGCUCCCUGGAAGCAUUUUGAAAAGAAUGGAGUUAAACAUGUCCAUGCAUUUAUUCAUACUCCCACUGGAACACACUUCUGUGAGGUUGAACAGCUGAGGAGUGGACCUGCAGUCAUUCAUUCUGGAAUCAAAGACCUCAAGGUCUUGAAAACAACCCAGUCUGGCUUUGAAGGAUUCAUUAAAGACCAGUUUACUACCCUCCCGGAGGUGAAGGACCGGUGCUUUGCCACCCAAGUGUACUGCAAGUGGCGCUACCAACAAAGCAAAGAUGUGGACUUUGAGGCCACCUGGGACAUUGUUCGUGACACUGUCCUGGAGAAAUUUGCUGGCUCCUAUGACAAAGGCGAGUACUCGCCCUCUGUCCAGAAGACCCUGUAUGACAUCCAGGUGCUUGCUCUGAGCCGUGUCCCUGAGAUAGAGGAUAUGGAAAUCAGCCUGCCAAACAUUCACUACUUUAACAUAGACAUGUCCAAGAUGGGACUGAUCAACAAGGAAGAGGUCUUGCUACCAUUAGACAAUCCAUAUGGCAAAAUUACUGGCACCGUCAAGAGGAAGCUGCCUUCAAGGCUGUGACACUGGGCUAGCAGCAGCCAUCUCCUCUCAGUCUCCUCCCAAUCCUUUGUGAUACCGGAGAUUACAGCUAUGCACAGUUUCAACCUGAUAUAUUGACUGGAGGGUUCAUUUUCCUCCUGUAUGAAGAUUUGGGAGAUUCACUUGUUGAUAAAAAUACUAUGCUUCCUAGAUAGCUUGCUUUAAAAACUGCUGAGAGGAAUUAGAACAAGAAUAAAUCAUGAUUUCCUUUUGGUUGUCUGUGUCUUCCUAUCUUAGAGACGCUUUUGAAUCAGUUUGUUAAAAUUCUCAUGAAUUUAUGAAAGUGUCACAUCAAUUAAUUUGUGUACAAGUUCAAAAAGCAAAUAUUA